AUGAUGACUAUUUCGGGCGUGGGCCCACUUCGCAGAAAAACGAGGCAAAACAAGGCUCUUGAUCAUCUUGAAGAUGAUGUAGACGAACUGAACUCUCCAACCAACUUUUUCAUCAAAAUCGAGCUUCCAAGAAAUGAAGACGGACUUGGCUUCCAAAAACUGAAAGGUUAUAUCCAUGAAUCAAAUGCCCUAUUUCACCAGCUCAGAUUACUCAACCAAAUUACAAAACAGAGAGCACAGGAUAAGCAUCAGGGACUAAACAACCGUCCACCUCAUCCCGAACCCACCUUCCCUCACCGCACGCGAGACAAACCCCAAAACAUAACCCACAAAACCCCCCAAAACCAAUACGCUCCCCACCAUAACAUACCACGACGCUGCGGGCGGGCCCCACUCACGUCUUGCAACAGCACCACCACCACCAUUACCACCACCACCAGCCCGCCCGUCAAAAACCCGGCCCGAACCCAAUAUCUCCACAACAUCAUGCACCUCCCCAUCAUGAUUCCCCACAUACGACACCGUGAGCUUCUCCCUAUCCGCAAACAGCCUCACGUACCCAAACUCCCCCCCACGAUACAUCGACCUCACGGGCUGCGGGAAAAUCGGGUCGUUCGGGUGAUCGGGCCUCGGCUCCCAAACGGGCUGCCAGUCCUGGCCCGCCAUCCCGAUCACCAUAUGCACCGGGCCCGAUUCUCCGCACGUAAAAUUCCUCAUCGGGCAGAAACGUUCGUACCUGUGCACGUGGCCCCACAGCGCGAGAGUCACGUUGUUUCUCACGAGAAGAGGCUCAAUUUUCUCGAGCAGCCUCUCGUUAAAGGGCUUAUCCCUCGUCUCGCGGCUCGUCGUGUACAUGGGCCGGUGACCCUGCACGACCACGUAAGGAGUUUUGACCCGAUUAACCGACUCCAAGUCGUUUUUCAAGAAUUCGUAUUGUUUGCUCCCAGGAAGGAAAUUAGUCUCGGUCGACAAGUAAACGAAAUGCACCACUCCAAAAUCAAACGAGUAGUAGAGGUUUCGGGUUGGCGGGGCCCGCGUGCCCGUGGGCUCGGAUGA